AUGGAACUAAAGUACGAUAUGCUUAACAAAGUGAGUGACAGAAGAGACAUAGUGAGUUUUGUGAAGGAGAUAGAGAAAUACCCUUGCUUAUAUAACAAAACUUUGCCGGAAUAUGCCAAUAAGGUCCACAAUCGUAGAGCAUGGUCUGCUAUUGCUAAGAAGAUCAAUACUACAGUACCUGAUUGUAGAGACAAAUGGAGAAAAAUACGUAUUUCCUACAUGAGGUCCCUGAAACAGCAGCACAGCGACAAACCACCAAUGAGACCGUAUUACUUAUCAGAAGAACUGCAGUUCUUGAGACCUUUUUUGACAAUAAACCCCAAGGCUCCUAAUCAGAAAGAGGAACAGAUGGACUUCGAAAUGUCGGCAUUAAAGAAACCAGAAAGCUCUGACAGUGAAGGUUCUGAUCCCUUUGAUAUUGAAAUCGCAGAAGAUGAACAUGAAAUCGACAGAGUAACAAGCAAAGAAGUAAAUAGUAUAAAAGAGAACCCCAAAGAAAUUAUCUACAUCAAACAAAAUGAAAGGAACAAUUUUGUUGAACAAAAACAUUACAUCUCAAACAGCUACAGUAAUGAGAAACAGUUCGAUAGGAACAGUUAUAGAGAAGAGAAGCAACACAUACGAAGCUAUAAUGAAGAUUUAGGGUCCGACGCAAGGAAAAUGUUUUUACUUAGUUUAUUGCCUGAUGUUAACUGCUUCACAGAAUCGGAAAUGCGAAUAUUCAGGAGGGAGGUGAUAGGUGCUUGUGACAAUAUAAUGAAUAAACGUACGAUACGAAAUUGUUACUAG